GCCUCAACUUACAGAACUGGCUUCUUGGGCUUCGGGAGUGUUUCCCAUUUAAACAAACAGUGCCGAAGAUGGCGGAGAGUUAAUGGUGUAAAGAAGAAAUUAUCGAGCCGGUAGAGAGAUACGUCCACACGACUCCAUUGACCAGACCACAUACGACCACACCCCCAGAGUGAGGGGAGGGGGGAUCUGAUUGUCCAUCAUCUCGGCGCCAUCACAAGGUGCUGAUAUGUGUACACGAUGAGUGGACUGGGGGAGAACUCCAUGGAGCCUCUGAGCUCAGAAAACCGGAAACGCAAGCUGUCCACUUGCGACACGCCUGGUCUGGGGUGUGAAAGGAAGCGACGGGAGCAGGAGAGCAAAUACAUAGAGGAGCUGGCGGAGCUGAUCUCUGCCAACCUCAGCGACAUCGACAGCUUCAACGUCAAACCAGACAAAUGCGCCAUCCUCAAAGAGACAGUGCGCCAGAUCCGCCAGAUCAAAGAGCAGGGAAAAGCUUCAUCCAACGACGACGACGUCCAGAAGUCAGACGUGUCCUCGACAGGUCAGGGGGUCAUCGACAAGGACCACCUGGGGCCGCUCCUGCUGCAGGCUCUGGACGGCUUCCUGUUUGUGGUGAACCGGGAGGGCAGCAUCGUGUUUGUGUCGGACAACGUGACGCAGUACCUGCAGUACAAACAGGAGGAACUCAUCAACACCAGUGUGUACAAUAUUCUCCAUGAGGAUGACAGGGAGGAGUUCCACAAGAACCUGCCCAAGACCAACAUAAAUGGAGUGUCGUGGGGAAGCGAGGCAGCCCGACAGAAGAGUCACACCUUCACUUGCCGGAUGCAGGUCAAGUUUGGCCACGCCCACAGCCCCAUGGAGGAGGGGUCAGGAGGGCCACGCUACGAGACCAUGCAGUGUUUUGCUCUUACCCAGCCCAAGGCCAUGAUCGAGGAGGGCGAAGACCUUCAGUCAUGUAUGAUCUGUGUGGCCCGUCGGGUGACAGCCAUGGAAAGAACAGAGAGUUUCAAUACCCGGCAUGAGCUCUCAGGUAAACUGAUCCAGAUUGACCAGAACUCUCUGCGAGCGUCGAUGCGUCCCGGCUGGGAGGAUUUGUUGAGGCGUUGCAUUCAGAUGUUCCUUCAGCACAGUGAUGGGCAGCCCUGGUCGCACAAACGCCACUACCAUGAGGCCUUUCUGCAGGGUCACGCUGAGACACCCUUGUACCGCUUCUCCCUGUCCGACGGCACUCCAGUCACAGCCCAGACCAAGAGCAAAUUGUACCGUCACCCCAUGAGCAACGAGCCUCAAGGCUUCAUCUCCACUCACCUACUACAGAGGGAACCAAACGGUUACCGCUCAGCUCAGGGUGGGAGCAUGAUGCCAAACACUAUGAGACAGCAGGGCAUGGGAGGCCCCAACCCGAAUGCCCAAAUGAACAUGAACACCGGCGGGGGGAUGGGCAUGGGGAGCAUGGGCAGCAUGAACAGGGGUUUUGGCAUGAACGAGCAGGGCCACAUGGGUCACAUGGGUCCGAUGGGAGGCAGCUCUAUGUACGGAGGGAGUGGUGGAGGAGGAAGUGGAGGUGGAGGCAUGGGAAACCGCAUGAUGCAGAUGAAUCAGAUGGGGCAGAUGAAUCAGGUGGGGCACAUGAAUCAGAUGGGUCCCAUGAAUCACCCGGGCCAAGGCAUGCAGCAGCACCCACAGCAGCCCCCGUUUCAGAGCAGCGGAGGGUUUGGGCUGAGUGGCAUGAACAGCCCUUCGGGAAGCCCCAGAAUGGGCGGCCCCCAGCAGGGACUUCUCAUGUCACCCCGAAACAGAGGGAGCCCAAAGAUGGGCGCCAACCAGUUUUCACCUGGAGGCAUACACUCGCCCAUGAGUGGCAUUGUCAGUGGUGGAGGAAGUGGGGGGAGCACCACCACCUUCUCCAGCAGCUCCCUAAAUGCCCUACAAGCGAUCAGUGAAGGAGUAGGGAGCUCCCUCCCCUCAACCCUAACGUCCCCCUCGCCAGCCCUUAAACCAGACAGCUCUCCCAGCAUUCACUCCUCCUCCUCUUCCUCUCAGCCCAGUCAGCCGGCCAGACCAGGCCAAGAUGGCUCCAAAAGCCCAGCAGGAGGCUUAGGGCCUGGGCCCAGCGACCAUCACCAACCCAUGCACCAUCAUCACCAUCAUCAGCAUCCUCAGGCUGAGAGUUCUGGAGACCGACCAGACAGCCAGGCAGCUACAGCGAUUAAAGAGUCUGGAGAGGGAAGCAAUGAGGCGGGGGUGGCGAGCUCCGAACCUCCUCGGAGGGUGCCAGACAGUAAAGGGCAUAAGAAGUUGCUGCAGUUGCUGACUUCCCCAACAGAGGAGCUGGGAAUAGGUGGCAGUGGGCCAACAGGGCCCCCUGUACCACCCCCACCAACCAGCAGCAGCACUCCUGCAGGCUCAGACAGUAAGGACCCCACUGGAGGCAUGACUAGCCCCUCGUCCACUGGGGUCUCCUCCUCUUCUUCAGCCAGUGCCAAUCCAGGCCAGGCGACCGGGCCAGGGGGCGUGUCAACAUCACUAUCGUCAGCCCACUACACAGGCUCACUGCAAGAAAAGCACAAGAUCCUCCACAAGCUUCUUCAAAAUGGCAAUACCCCAGAUGAAGUAGCUAAAAUCACAGCUGAGGCUACAGGAAAGGUGUCGCUGGGGGGCCAGGAGGGCGGUGAGGUUGGAGCAGGAGGAUCAGGAGCUGGGACUGGGCCUGGGAUGAUCACAGAGGCCAAGCAGGAGCAGCAUAGCCCCAAGAAGGAGAAAACCCAUGCCCUCCUCCACUACCUCCUCAACAAGGAUGAUUCCAAAGAGCCAAUGGAUGUCAAGCCUAAACUUGAAGAGCUAGAUGGGAAGGGAGCCCCAGGGGCCGCUGGCGGCUCUGCAAGGGGCCCUGUAUCUGGGUCCGGCCCUGCACUGGAACAUCCUGAGAGCAAGAUCAAGUCAGAGCCACCUGAUGACUUGCACAACCUAGAGUCUAUCCUUGGAGAUUUGAGGGGUUCAAGCUCUGACUUUUACCCGGAUCAAGCCGGAGGUGGAGGGGCUAACGACGCAGGAAACAAACCCCAGGGUUGCCUUGAUGACAGCCUGCAGGGGAGUCCAGGAAUGGGUCCGGGGCCUCGGGGGCCCUUCCAGAGGGCCAUGUCCAUGGAUGGAAAGUCUCCAGGUGGGCCUGGAGGGGCAGGUAGCAGGCGACCCAUGCUCAUCAAGCAGGAGAACAUGAUGGGCAGCCCAGACGGCUACCCAGGAAACAUGGGACCAAUGAAUAGGGGCAUGGUUCCCCAGAGGUCUCCCAUGGGGGGGUCAGGGGACUGGGGCAUGUCCCGCUCCAGUGCCAGCCCUGUGGGCUCCGCAGGACACCCCUCCAUGAUGCGCCCAGGCAUGGAGUACAACAAUGGCAAGGGCAUGAUGUCAGGACCUAUAGUCAGCCGCUCCAACAGCGUACCGGGCACCAGGUCUAUGCUGCAGCAACAGCUCAUGGAAAUGGGAGGCUCUGCUGACAUGGGCAUGGGUAUGAGCCCCUUCAGCCAGCAGGGCCAGUCCAACCAGUCCUCCUCCUGGCCGGACACUAUAAUGGGCAUGGAGGGUAACAGACGCCAGUUUGGCAACACCUUAGAUGAUCUUCUGGUGCCUCCCACCACCAGUGAGGGUCAGAGCGAUGAGCGGGCACUUCUGGACCAGCUGGACUCUCUGCUGAAUAACACGGAUGGCAUCGCUCUGGAGGAGAUAGACCGAGCCCUGGGCAUCCCAGACCUCGUCAGCCAGAACCAGGGACCUGAGCAGCAGAUGGAGCCUUUUCCAGGGCAGGACCCGUCCAUGGUGCUGGACCAGAAGCCUCUCUAUGGACAGGGCUAUCCCGGACCCCCCGCCAUGCCUAUGCAGUCUGGGUAUGGAGGGAACCCCAUGCAGGGACAGGCCCAGCAGGGGGGGUUUGGGCCCAUGCUCUCUCAGAUGGGCCAAGGUGGCAGCUUCCCUGGUAUGGGUGGAAUGGGUGGCAUGGGACACCCCCGUGCCAACAUGAUGAGACCCAGGAUGAUGACUGCCAACAAGCCCAUGAGGCUCCAGCUGCAACAGAGGCUGCAGGGACAGCAGUUCAUGAAUCAGACACGGCAGGGCAUGGCCAUGAAGAUGGAGAACCCGGGAGGCAACCCUGGCAUGAGGCCCAGCAUGCAGCCUGGCAUGGGAGGACAGCCGGGCUUCCUCAAUGCUCAGAUGAUGGCUCAGCGCAGCAGGGAGAUGGUCACCAUGCAGAUGAGGAGGCAGCGCAUGAUGAUGCUUAUGCAGCAGCAACAGCAGCAGCAGGCGGCAGCGGCCGCUGCUGCAGCCGCAGGAGGAUUCAGUCCCCCUCCAAACGUCACGGCUCCUGGUGGUAUGGACAACCCUAUGGGAGGGCCAAACAUGGGCCCACAGUCGGGCCCCCAGCAGUUUGGAUACGGUGGGAAUUAUGGGAUGGGCCAGCAGGGAGACCCCUCUUUCGGUCCUUCAGGCGGCAGUCCUCCUAACGCCAUGAUACCCAGCCGCCUGGGGCCUCAAAACCCCAUGAUGCAACAGCACCCACAGGGUGGUCCCAUAUACCAGGGUGCAGAUAUGAAAGGCUGGUCGCAGGGAGGCAUGGCACGCAACAGGUAUGAAAUCAAACACAUUUACGACAGGUACUACAACACUGUGCUGUCAUCAGGGAAAAGGUUUGGCUUCAGUUUUUCUUUUCUUGAAUGUAUACAUUUAAAAUCUUCCUUCCUGUCGCUCUUCUUCACCAGUUCGUACCCUCAGCAGCAGUUUGGGCAGCAGGUACCUCCGGGGCAGCAGCAGUUUGGGCAGCAGGGGAAUCCAGGCCAGUAUGGGGGCAUGAUGAUGAACGGGGGCAUGCCUGCCACCGGAGGAGGAGGUCACAUGGGCCAGAUGGGGGGGCAGAUGGGUAUGAACCCAAUGGUGAUGGGACGCAUGCCUAUGGGGCCUGAUCAGAAAUACUGCUGAGCAUCGUGACAGAAGCAUUUGUCUCACUGUGAUCUCCAUUCAGAGAUAGGACACGGCGGCAGCACUGGAGUGUGAGGAGGACCCGGCGGCGUGUGUAUCUGUGUGUAGUGCUGUACUCCCACCAGACGGGGGAGUGAACUUCCUUUGGACUCAUGGCCAGUAAUGGCAGUUUGGCAACCUGGGGAAAACAAACAACGUUUGUCAAAUCAGAAACACUGUGACACAUUUACACACAUAAACACAUAAAUCCUUUGACAGUCAGAUAGACAGCUCUGAUUCCUCUUGUAGACUGUAGUUUUAAUAUUCCUCUCUUCAUGAGCGGUGUGUGUGUGUGUGUGUGUGUGUGUGUGUGUGUGUGUGUGUGUGUGCCUCGGUAAACUCACAACACUCGCUGGACCAAACAGUGAAGGUGGACAGACACUUGAGUAGAGCACAGACUUGAACAUGGACGUGUUAAGACAUCCUCUCCUUUGUCGAAUGUACCAUGGAGUUGUGUUCAGAUUUAAAACGUGGGAUUCCUCUCCUGUCUCUGAACUUUGUGGGGAAUUUUAUCCGCUGCCUCUCUGCUGCCCUGAAGGAUCUCUGCGUAUGCGACGUAAAGAAAACACGGUUCUAGAUGACGAGCCAUCAGAUUGUGACACUCAGAUGAAUGUCAUUAAGCAGUAGCACAUUGCUUCGUCCUCCAGGACGCCACUGAGCUAAAGUACGACUGAAUUGCUUGUUGGCUGAUUGCACUUUAAGGAAAGGCCAACAUCAAAAGGAUUGUGGCAAUAUAGAGGCCUUUACCCAAGAAUUAAUGCAUAGCAGCAGACAUUUACUGUUUAUUUUUGUGUGUGUGUUCUUCAACUUUUCCUCUCUGAGUAAUGGGGGCUGUUGAUUUAGAAAUGGGUAACCUUGAUGAUCUUUGUUCUAAAGUGGGAACCAGUAGAAAGGCAGUAAGCACAGAUUUUAUCCAAUGUUCUCGUCUACAGUGUACCAAUUUAUUACAACAAGAGAAAUUAACCGUUUUUAAGUAAUUUUAAAAUUACUCUUGAAACAAACAGACUUCUAUUAAUGUUCAAAACUCCACUUAUAUUUAUACAGAUUCAUGAUGUGAUCAUUUUAUCAUUCCAGAGGUAAUUUUUAAAUCCAAAUGUUGCAGAUAUUUUGAUUACCUCGCACUAAUUUACAGUGUUACUACAAGUGAAGAAAUCAAAUUGAUUGCCAAUUAUAAGAUUAUGUCUAUAUUAGCUCCCACUGUAAGAGAAAGUGUAUGUUAGAUUUCGGUGUAGGCAUGCAGAUUUCUAGCAAUAAUCCUUCCUCCUGGUUUUCCUCUGAGGACAACGCUGAAGUAUCAUUUACUCAAAGCGACGGCACUGCAGUAUUAGACAUGAUGUCUUGUUUGGAGCUUUUUUUUCCCCCUCCUUUUUGUCUGUGAAUAUGAAUUGUAAAUAUGCUUCAAAUGUACAAUAUAUAAAUAUAUAUAUGCUUUUGUAGGUCACAUACUGUUUUUGCACAGAUUGUAAGGCUUGAUAUUUAAAAGUGUAAUUUUUUUAAUCCGUCAUAGGUCAGCUUUUAUUUUCAAUACUUUAACCAUAGGUUGGAAAGGAAGAGCCUCCUUUUUGUAAGCAGUACGUGUCGAUUAAAUUUCAUACUGCCACUUUCUUUCUCUCAGAAAGCACUCUUUGUUUGUCUGAGGACACAAUCUUAGCUAGAGGUGCUAGUGUGUAAUUGUUUUUUUUAAUAAAUUAUUUUUCUUUUGACAAAAAAAAAGAAAACACAAAAUAUGCCUAAACAAAAAGAGUUGACACAUGAUUGUGUUAAGCUUCUAGGGGCCCAGAUGUCUUACCAAUAUGUGGGGUUGAUAUUUUCUGAACCGAACCUCAUGCUUCCAUGUGUGACUUUAAGUUUCACUCCUGAGAUUUCUGUGCUACGCUGAUUUGAUCGUUCAGUCUCAGAUACGAGACUUUGGAAAUCAGUCACACUGUAUAACUGUCCAUAAGUCCUUUUUGGUUUUGUUCACAGAUGUUUAAUCCUGAUUGAAGCAACACAAAAAGUAGUUUGAAUCCCUAAUUACCUGUCUAAUUACCUGCCAUCUCCUGUCAGGUGAUGUUGGGGGGUUUUUUUACCUUUAAAUUUGCCUUUAUUUUCAUUGUAUUUCUUGUGAAGUUUUUGUUGAGAAAUCUACCUUUUGAACACACGCUCAAUCCAAAGAUUUUUGUUUGUCAUUCUGCAGUGCUUAGAAACAGUUCCUGACGUAGCUUGUGCAAGUACUCAUGUGUGCUUUUACUGUUGCACAUAACCUAUAAUAUACAUUGAACUAAAUAUGUUUAAUUGCAUAUAUUAUAUCCCCAUCUGUAUGACAUAGAGUAGAGAUGAGUCUGGUUCUGCUGAGGUGGUUUGAGGUUUUGUUUGUGAUUGUUUCUUCCUUUCUGUAGAACUUAUGGCCAGUUGAAUUGUGGUGCUGCAAACAGUUAUUUCACAAGCGAAUGUUGAGAUUUUCUAAACUGGAAAGGAGGUUUCAUAGUUGAUGUCAUUAUGUCUCAGAAUAAUAGCUUGGAGUUGUUGUUUUUUUAACACCAGUCACAAUGAAGAAUAUGAAAGUUUAAUCUACAAAUAUUUAAAAAAAAGUCUGUGUUUUGCUUUAAAAGAAAGAAACUCCUCUCAGUGCAUUGUUGGAGAAAAGAGAAAACACAUCUGGGAAACAUACAGUCAUUAUUACAGGAUGUAAAAUACUAUUGCAUUUUUUUUCUUACCUUGUUUCUUGAUGUUAAUAUCGAUGUAAAUACAAAUUUAUAUUUAAACAUUA